AUGUUCCACCUCUCUAUCGGAGUUGAACGUAAAGCCUACUGGGCAGUCAAGGAAAUGAAUAUGAAGCCCCAGACCUGUGAAGAGGAGAGGAAACUGCAAAUCCAAGAGCUGGAGGACCUUAGGCUUGAGUCGUAUGAUGCUGCAAUUUGGUACAAGGAGAAAACCAAAUUAUGGCACGACAAAAACCUCCGGGUCAAGGAACUGCAAGUUGGCCAGAAAGUGUUCUUAUUCCAAUCAAGGCUCAAACUGAUGCCCGAGAAGCUAAAGUCUAAGUGGAUUGGACCCUACACAAUAGUUGGCCUCCGAGCGAAUCGAGCCGUGGAAAUUCAGGGAGUCACCCCUAACUCUAUCCCGUUUCUUGUUAAUGGUCAUAGGAUCAAGGUAUUUAGGGAUAGUUCAGAGAUGUGCGUGGUGAAAGAAAUUCCACUACGUAUACUCUCCACUAUUGCCUAA